AUGCCUUCUCCGUCUCCCCUGGUUAUCGCGACGGGCGCCGUCAACCGACUCCUGAAAGAGGAAGCGUCGUAUCACAAGGAGCUCCUGGCACAAGAGGCUGAUGCAAAGGCCCAGGAGGAGAAGAUCAAGAGCGGACAGGAUGACGAAGACGGCAAUGCAAAGUAUAUCCUGAAGCAGCAGCAACUAGUUGUCGAGCAGACGAGAGCCGUAUUCAAGCCUCUGAGAGACCGGAUCAACCAGGCUGUCGAGAAGCUGGAGGAUCUGGUCGCGUCCGAAGAGAAGACUGGGAAUGCCUCGGCCGAGGAACUCGCGAAUGCAAAGGCGGCGUUGGAAAAGGCCAAGCCAAGCGAUAUUUAG